CUCAAUUACUAGUGUAAUGAGAAAACUUGAUUUUCUUUCAUCAUUAAAGAUAGGGUUUUAAAACAACGAUUGACGACUGCAAACUUUAAUUUCACAGGUGCGAACAGUAGAAGGUACUACUCUUACCUCCUGUAAGUACGUCCUACAGUAGAAGUACCAGUAUGGUUUUACAGUCAUCUACAGUACAGUACGUACCCUACGGUACCGUGGUACAUCGUCUACUUUUUCUUCGAUUUAACGUAGGGUACGUAGGGUAUUUUUUUGGUUUAAUCGUGUGUACGUACGAGAUACGUAUGAGUAGUGGUGAAUGUUAGUAGUAAUGCCGAAUGCUGCAUGGUGAAUGUUACAAUAAUUUACCAAUCUGCGUCCGUCUGCCGGAACUUCUUCCAAUUCUGCUCACGGUGGCUGCUUACUUCUUCUUUCGUCGACUGAAGUUCAUCCUUCAUCGUUUCUGAAGAAAUCAUCCACAAAAUGUAUGAGCCCAUCAACAAUUUAUUUACGUUGGCAUCAUCACAAAAAAAACAUCGACAACAGUCGUCGUGAUCCUCGUCGUUGUCAUAAUUUUGAUUAUUCUUCAUUGGAAAACGAAGACAGUUGAAACAACAAUUUUAAGAAGUCCAAUUCCAAUAUUUUCAUUCCACCCAUUUCCAAGAUGUUGUUGAAUUACCAUGAAUUGACGAUGAGCGAAAGCAAGGAUUCGCCUCAAAGACAGCUCCAAUUCAAAAUUAUUUGUCUGAUCAUCGCUACCUGCUUCGUGUUUUCGGUCUGGUUAUCAGGAGUCCUUCUUACGAUCGAGCCCUUCGAGACACCAUUUCCUGGUGGGCAAUUCUGUUACAAGAACUUCGCACGAGACUAUGUGACUAGCAUGGGUAUUGGAAGAAGACUCAUGGCGGAAGUUUUGGAGGCCUUUCCGAAAGAGGAAGACGAAGCUGCAGGAAUUUCUGCGCAGGAAAGGAAAAAGAUGAUUGAAGACAAAGUUUACCACAUUUACUUGGACAAUCCAGAAGAUGUUGGGGGUGCUCAUACGCGUUGGAUGAGCGGUGUGGUAGCAACCGACGAUGUCGAGAAAUAUUGCGACCCGCUCUUUAACAAGAAUCCAAAAAUCAAGCGAGAGAAGGAGCUUCACAAAAACGAACCGGAAAGUGAGAAGAAAGCUUCUGAAUUAUUCGAGCAAGCUCUCUACCAAUCCAUCGAUUUACCGGUGGUUGAUUCAAUAGCAAUCAAAUUUCCGUUCUCGAACGGUUUUUUGUCGGGUCUCGUGUUUUCGUACAAGGUAUGUGUCGGAAAAAAAUCCUGAGAUGUAUUUUCUACGGAGAUUGAAUUUCUAACAUUUUUUUGUGCACAUUGUUUAGAUUAUCCCGGAGAUGAGACAAUUGGCAGCAGAAAGAGGAGAGCCUGGUAACAUGUCCGUGGUCGUUUCCCGAUGCAGUGUAGAGGGAGCAGAAUGUACCCACUACAUUCCCUUGUCGAAAGGCAUCGGUUUUCAUGCCGGACAACCAUCGACAGAAGAUUACCAAAGAGGUCUUCCUGACGAAGGGUUUAGCCUUGUUGAAACUUUGAAGGGAGGGUUGCGUGUGGUGUGUCCAUUCUUGAAACCAUACCUCGAAGAUACGACGGAUGAACCGGCAGCUGGCGACAAUUCGGAAUUGUAAAACCACCAGCGACGUAAAGCCCAAAAAGUGAUUCGAUUCAAAUUUUGCAGAUAGAAUAUGGCACAGAAAACAGCUUUAUGACGACGAUACGAGAGAAGCGCCGUAUUUUGAAUUGACAAUAAAAACAAUUUUGAAGA